UGGCGGGGUGGGGGUAUUGGGCGGCUUAUCAGAGGUUUGAAAUGUAACAGAGAACAAUCCUGUCACAAAGCUCUGUCAGUGUGGUGUACUACAGACAUGUUCUUCAGCAUCUCUAUCCUUGUACUUUCUGUCCUCCAUCUAUGUGGGACAAUGGAGAGUGGUAUUAUUGGAGGAAUGGAAGUGAAAGCACACUCCCGACCCUAUAUGGUGUCUGUUCAGAUUAACAAUAUGCACAUGUGUGGUGGCAUGCUUAUCAAAAAAACUUAUGUGCUGACUACAGCUCACUGUGUAGAUAAUAUUGAAUACUCUGGAAAGAACAAGCUGGAAGUGGUACUAGGAGCUCACAACAUCAGUCAAAAGGAGCCCCAACAGCAGAGAAUCAAAGUGAAGAAGUACAUCAAGCAUCCCUGUUACAAGAGCAAUGAACGUACAAAUGAUAUCAUGCUACUGAAGCUGAAGUCCAAAGCCAAGCUGAAAAACGGUGUGCAAGUCAUUGAUCUUCCUAAGAAGAAUGAGAACCUUUCAGCCAAUCAAAUAUGUUCAAUAGCUGGUUGGGGCAUGACAAAACAGAACAGCGCUGCAUCAAGUGUCCUACGAGAGGUGAAGCUCAAAGUACAAGAUAUCUCUGAGUGCAAGAAGCUUUGGCAACAGUAUUUUGACACAGACAGCAUGAUCUGUACUGCCCCUGAUGGAAGAGAUGCCUUUUGUCAGGGUGAUUCAGGGAGUCCUCUUAUCUGUGGAAAUGAACCACAAGGAUUAGCUGCAUAUACCUACCCUGGCAACUGCUUAGACCUUCAGCAUCCAGAGGUAUAUAUCAAGCUCUCCUACUUUCUUCCAUGGAUUAAAGAAAUAAUACACUAGAGAGAGUUAACACAAUGGAAGUAUCCACGAGUAAUCACAAUUGGAAAUAUGGAAGUAAAAGCAAUCACAAUAAAAUAAACAUUUUAAAUAUGCAAUGUGUUUUCCCAUUUUUCUUCUUUGCAUCUCACAUUUGCAUCAUUUUACGAUAUCAGUAAGAAAAUCAAAAUGCUAGUUGUCACAAUAAGUUAUGAACAAAUAUUUCUACACAUAAAGUUUUAAAUUGAAUUAAAAUAAUGUAAAUCUAAUCUAGUUUCAAGAAAGAUGCAAAUAUAUCAUUGUGGUAUGUUUGACCAUAACAGGAAAAAAAAGUUUGUGUUUUGUACAAACUUGAGGUCAUACAUUUACAUAUGCCUUGCAGAAUUAGCAAAAUGGUCAUUUUUUGACAUCAUAAAACAUCAUAAAACAUCAUAAAAAUCAUAAAAAUUCUAUUUAGAUUUUUAUUUAGUUCUGCGAUUCUAUUUCACAUAUUUAAUUAUUUUCUGAUCAAUAUCUAUUUUUAUGUUCUGUGAUGGUUCAUCAUGAGUCUCUUGUUCAUCCUAAGCAGUUAAUCUGCCCACUGCUAUUUAUUAUUUUCUUUUCUAGUACCAUCUGCAUAAUUGGCCCCUUUAGCUUAUGUUGCUGUUGAAGUGAAGUAAUAAAUGGAAAAAACAUAUUUAAACAAAAUUAUAGUAGUGUUAAGAAUCAAGCAGGAGUUAACCUUUGAACUGGUUCAUUUGUGAAAAUUCAGUUGUGUAAAUUUGUGUGUGUGUAUUU